UCCCCCACUCUGUGUCUGUGAACGUUUGUGUUUCUAACGCGGCUUGCAAACCCGAAAUCGUCAGAGCAGAGCGAGCAGGAGGAGGAAACCGCCAGUUUUUACGCAAAAGAGGAAAAAUACAUUGAAAUCUAACUAAUCUAAAUAGACUGGAAACAUAUAAAGGAGUUAAUAAAUACAAUAUCAUUCGGCUUGAUUGAUUUGCAUAUCCAUUCCUUCUCCUCCUUCAUUAGCCUUUCCUCCCCCCACUGAGAAUGGCAAGCGGGCACCCCACUGACAAAUUCACUUUCUUGUACCAACCAGACACCAGUCAGAACCUGAAGAGUAAGAAUAGACUGUCUUCCACUAUGAACCCCGUUUAUAGUCCCGUCCAGCCCGGGACACCCUAUGGAAACCCUAAGAACAUGGCAUACGCCGGAUACCCAUCAGGCUACCCCACCACAGCCCCUACCUACACACCUAACCUCUACCAGACAGGGAGUCCAGGGUAUCCACCAGUGCUGCUGGUGAAGCAGAGCUGGCCCCAGAAUCCCUCUGGCCCCGGGGCCACUGACGGCUCCUAUGACCUGGCCGUGGACGCGGGCUCUGAGAGCAGGCAGUACCAGGCCUCGUCUGCAGCAUUCAGAUACACCGCCGGGACGCCAUACAAAGUGCCCCCCACCCAGACCAAUGGAGCCCCCCCACCUUACUCCCCAUCCCCCAACCCCUAUGCCCAAGCCGCCAUGUACCCCAUCAGAAGUGCCUUCCCCCAGCAGAACCUCUAUGCUCAGGGUGCUUACUACACACAGCCUGUGUAUGCGGCCCAGCCGCACGUCAUCCACCACACCACGGUGGUGCAGCCCAACAGCAUCCCCUCUGCCAUCUACCCUGCGCCAGUUCCUGCCCCGCGCUCCAACGGCGUGGCCAUGGGCAUGGUGGCCGGCACCACCAUGGCCAUGUCAGCAGGUACUCUGCUGACCACUCCUCAGCAUACCCCUAUAGGAGCUCAUCCCGUCACCGUGCCAACAUACAGGCCCCAAGGAACCCCUGGGUACAGCUAUGUGCCACCUCACUGGUAGAGCUCAUCUACCCUAUCAUAUCUGGAGUCCAAACAUCGUAUGCAACUACUCAAGUCUUACAUGGGCGCUCUGUGAUCACCAUGGAAACGCCACGUCUGUUUGCAAGAACAAAAGAAAAAAAAGUGCAAGGGUCACUUUAUGCAUUCUUGAGUGUUUUUGUAAAAGCUGCUUUUUUAUUUUAUUUUUUUAUUUAAAGUUUUAUUUCUGAACAUUUUUUUUCUUUUGUUUUGCCUAUCAGUUGUUGCAGUUUUUUUACAAUCUUGAUCAUUAUUUCCAGAGAAACUCCAGAAUGAUUUUGACCAACCACAUCUCUUAAGUGAUCUGUUUAUGUUCCGUAAUGACGCUUGUGUGUAGGUGUGUGCUAAGACGCGCAAUGUCGUCACCAUUAUGGUUAUCAUCAUAAUCAUGAACUUAUGCUGCCAAAUUUUCUAACUUUUAGAUAUUAGCACAGUUUUUUUUUUUUUUUUUUUUUUUUUUUUUUCAGUUUUGUUUUCCUUAUUCUCUCUCAGAAUGGUCUGGGAAAGGUUAAGGUGUUUUUAUUUUAAACCCGUUUUUAUUUUCAUGAAGUUUUUGUUUCCCCUCAGAUUUCUGUUCAUCCUCCAGUACUGAUAACAAGGGUGUCUUCCAGCUUGUAGCUGUUUAUUAGGUAGAUUUGUAUUGAAUAUAUUCGCUGUCUGGCAGUGCAAAACGUGGUUUUCAAUUUCAUUAGGUAUCGGAAUACUUAGUUUACACCGAGUAGAGAGCAUUUUUUGAGUAAGCCAGUUUGUUUAUUAGUCAGCUUCUAAAUUAUAACGCGUAUAUAUAUUUAUAAUAGGUGUGUGCAUGUGUGUGCUCAUGCCACGCACGCAAAUUGCACGUAGGCACAUUCAUGACAAAAACACACACGGCCCCCCACUCUCACUCUUGCUACACACACAUCACACAUAACAUACUCGUGUAUGGGUGUGCAGUGGGUUCAAGGGUUGAACAUUAAGCAGGAUCUCUGUGUGAGUGUGUGCGUGUGUGUGUGAAUAUCUGUGUGUGUGUGUGUGUGUGUGUGCGCGUGCGUGUGUGUGUGUGGCACUUAACUGGACUUUCAGGUCUGAUUUCAAUCUAAUAAUCAAAAAUAGUGAAUCUAAAAUGAGUGCCAAGCCCUGCGAGGACAUAAAUGGGGGGUCAGGUUGUAACCGAGAACAUUCAGGAAAACGGAAAACGCGUCAAGGAGUUAAAGGGAUGACAGUGGAU